AUGAAGCUGCUCCUGUUGCUGCUGCUGAUGGAGAGAGCUGUAUCACAGCAGAGAGGACUGUUCCCGGCCAUCUUGAACCUGGCCAGCAACGCAGUGAUCAGCAGCAACGCCACGUGUGGCGAUCCAGGACCGGAGGUCUACUGUAAACUUGUGGAACAUGUUCCAGGGCGACAGAUCAAGAACCCACACUGCCUGAGAUGUGAUGCCAACUCCGUUCUGUCCAAAGAACGUCAUCCGAUCACAAACGCCAUCGAUGGCACAAAUUACUGGUGGCAGAGUCCGAGUAUCAAGAACGGUCAUCAGUUUCACUGGGUCACGAUAACCCUGGACCUGAAACAGAUCUUUCAGGUCGCCUACAUCAUCAUCAAGGCAGCUAACUCUCCUCGACCAGGUGACUGGAUCCUGGAACGCUCCCUGGAUGGUGUGACAUUUGACCCCUGGCAGUUUUACGCCCUCAGUGACUCUGAGUGUUUGUCUCGCUACAACAUGACGCCCAGACUCGGCCCUCCGACCUACAAGAGUGACACAGAGGUCAUCUGCACGUCUUACUACUCCAGACUGAACCCGCUGGAACACGGAGAGAUUCACACCUCCCUGAUUAACAGCCGACCUGGAGCCGAUGACCUGACCUCUGUGCUGAACUUCACGUCAGCGUACCUCAGACUACGGCUUCAGCGAAUCAGAACGCACGCCGACCUGAUGAUGCUGAGCGCCCGUGACCCCCGAGAGAUCGACCCCAUCGUCACACGGAGGUACUACUACUCCAUCAAAGACAUCUCAGUGGGGGGGAUGUGCAUCUGUUACGGCCACGCCCAGAGCUGCCCGCUGGACCUCGUUACCAAGAAGUUAAAGUGUGUGUGUGAACACAACACCUGUGGAGAGAGCUGUGACCAAUGUUGCCCCGGUUACCACCAGCAGCCAUGGCAACCUGGGACCGUCUCCGAGGGAAACACCUGUGAGAAGUGUAACUGUCACAACAAAGCAGAGGACUGCUUCUACAAUCAGACCGUCUCACAACUCUCUUUGAGUACAAACACUCACGGCGUUCGUCAGGGAGGCGGAGUCUGUUUGGACUGUCAACAAAACACCGCCGGUAUCAACUGUGAGACCUGCGCUGCCGGGUUCUACAGACCUACUGAGGUUUCUCCAUAUUCAGACUCCCCUUGUGUCCCGUGUAACUGUGAUCUGAGGGGAUCAAAGUCUUCAGUCUGCAGCGGAGACGACACCCGGACAGGUGUGUCUGCGGGGCAGUGUGUGUGUCAGCAGGGCUUCACGGGUCGGCAGUGCGAUCGCUGUGCCUUUGGAUACAGAGACUUCCCUCGGUGUGCUCCAUGUGAGUGCAACCUGUCCGGCAGCGUCAACACAGACCCCUGCAGCAACUGUACCUGCAAGGUGAAUGUGAUGGGGGCUCACUGUGAUCUGUGUAAACCAGGUUUCUACAACCUGCAGGGGAGUCACGAGCUGGGCUGCACCGACUGUUUCUGCUUCGGUGUGUCUGACGUGUGUGAGAGCUCCACCUGGUCCAGAGCUCAGGUGUUUCAUACAAGCGCUUCGCUUCGCCCCUCUCAGUCCCUCCACACUCCCCCAGUCAUCUACACCAACGACCUCCCCAUCUCCAACAACGCUUCUGGCCACGCCCACCAACAGGUGCUGUCGUGGGCGGCGCCCGACCGUUUUCUCGGAAACAAGCUGGUUUCCUACAGAGGCUCCCUGAACUACUCGUUGGUCUAUGACGUCCCGUUGGACAACGAGGAUCAUCCUCUGCCUGUCCGCUCUGACAUCAUCAUCGAGGGAAACGGCCGAGCUCUUCGCCUCUCUCCUCCCGUUGUCCUCUUCUUCUCGGAUCUGGCUGAACGCUCUGUUGCCGUGACGAUGGCCGAGCAGAGGUUUGUGGACGUCCAGUCGGGCGCUCACGUCGCCCGCGACGAUCUGCUCUCCGUCAUGGCGCACGUGACAUCACUGACGGUCAGGGUUCACCUGAACGCCUCCACCGAAAGGCCUGUACGUCUCAGCUCAAUGUCCAUGGACUUUGCUGACUCUAGUGCAGUUUCUGGUCGUCAGGCGGUUGCCGUGGAGACGUGUGAAUGUCCGUAUGGUUACAGCGGUACUUCGUGUGAGUCGUGUCUCCCGGGGUUCUACAGAGUGGGCGGAGUCUUGUUCGGAGGGAACUGCAUGCAGUGCGAGUGUAACGACCACGCGUACGACUGUGACACCGACGGCGUUUGUUUGGGGUGCACCCACAACACCACGGGCCCCCAGUGUGACCGCUGCCUACCCGGUUUCUACGGCGACGCCACCGAGGGCACGCCGGGCGACUGUCGCCUGUGUCCGUGUCCUCUGACCGAGCUGUCCAACAGCUUCAGCCCCACGUGCGCACUGGACGCCUCCGGCCAGGUGUCCUGUGACCGCUGUCGGGACGGAUACGCCGGGCGCACCUGUGAGAGGUGUGCCAGCGGUUUUCACGGUAACCCGCAGGUGGUGGGCGGGGCCUGCGUCCGCUGCGAGUGCAAUGGCAACGUGGACCUCGGCAGGGCGGGGCACUGUGACACUGUCACCGGGGAGUGUCUGCGAUGUCUGGGCAACACCGGCGGGAGGCACUGCGAGGUCUGUCGGCCCGGUUACUAUGGAGACGCCGUGGGCGCAAAGGACUGUCGGGAGUGUGGCUGUGAUGUCAGCGGCGCCCUCUCCAGUGUGUGUGAUGCCACAACAGGACGUUGUUUCUGUAGAGAAAACGUGACGGGACUCGCGUGUGACCGCUGUCAGUCUGGGUUCUUCGGGCUGCAAAGUCCGGAGGGAUGUCGCGCCUGUGGCUGCAACCAAUUAGGAUCUCUCUCUGAGUCAUGUGAUGAGAAUGGGCGUUGCCAGUGCGUGGAGGGUGUGUCUGGAGAUACGUGUGACCGCUGUAGCCAUGGUUACUAUGGUUUCCAUGCCAACGGCUGCACAGCAUGCAACUGUGAUCACACUGGAGGGAACUGUGAUCCAGAGGACGGCGCGUGCAUCUGCCCGCCACACACAGAGGGAGACACUUGUGACAGGUGUGAGGCCGGUUACUGGGGUCAUGACCCCACCACAGGUUGCAAGCCGUGCGGCUGCACGGUGGCUGGAAGCUCCGCCCCUCAGUGUCAGCUGACCAAUGGGCAGUGUCCGUGCAAAGAGGGCUUCUCUGGCCGAUCAUGUGACCGCUGUGCCCUUGGUCACCACGGUUACCCAGCAUGCCCAGCAUGCGGCUGCGACCUGACAGGAUCCAACGAAGAGUUCUGCAACGCCACGCUGGGAGUGUGUGACUGUCAGCGCGCCGGAAAGUGUGUGUGCAAGGUGGGCGUGUCUGGGCGGCGCUGUGAGGAGUGCGUGUCCGGCUGGUUUGCUCUGUCGGCUCUGAGUCCUGACGGCUGCUCGCGGUGCUUCUGCUCGGGUGUCAGCUCCGACUGCGAGGAGCAGGGAGGCCUGCAGCGAGUACCGAUCACCGCGGGUCCCGCCCCCGCUGUCCUCUCGUUGGUCAGCCAGGCCAACCUGCAGGGUGUCGUGUCUGGAGUCCGCCAACAGGGCGGCGAGUCGCUGCUCGACACCCGUCACCUGGACAGCAGCCGGCCAAUCGGCCCGCUGUACUGGAGACUGCCCCCCCAGUACCAAGGCCAUCAGCUGCUGUCGUACGGCGGUCUGCUGUCUUACAUCGUCACCUUCUACGCCGAGGACGGCUCGGGGCUGUCCAAUCAGGAACCUCAGGUGCUAAUGAGGGGCGGGACCGUGAGGAAGCAUGUGAUAUAUGCUGACAUGGUCGCUCCUAGCAACGGCAUCAGGACACAGCACGACAUCCGGAUGACAGAGCACAAGUGGAAGUACUUUAACUCGGUGUCGGAGAAGCCGGUGAGUCGCGAUGACUUCAUGUCGGUCCUCGGCGACGUUGAGUACGUCAUCAUCAAAGCGUCAUACGGGACCCGACUGCAGCAGAGCAGGAUCUCUAACAUCACCAUGGAGACGGCGGUGGAGGCGGAGCUAGAUGAGGGAAACGUGGCCACGCUGAUCGAGUCCUGCAUUUGUCCACCUGGAUACGCCGGGCUGUCCUGUCAGGACUGUGCUUCCGGGUUUUUCCGUCAGCCUCUGUCUGAGCUACCGACUAAGAAGCAGAAGUCGCUGUUUGUUCGUCCGUGUGUUCGAUGCCGCUGCAACAACCACAGCGAGAGUUGUGACGCGGAGACCGGAGCCUGUCUGGACUGUCAGCAUCACACCAGUGGGCGCAGCUGCUCGCAGUGUGCCCCGGGGCAUUAUGGGAACAUCAGCGGCUCCAUCAGCGACUGCUCGCUGUGUGCCUGCCCCCUGGUGGACAACAGUUUCAGUCCCACCUGUGCGUCAGAGGGUGGAGGCGGUGAAUUCCGCUGCACCGCCUGUCAGAAGGGGUAUGAGGGGAGACACUGCGAGAGGUGUUCGGAGGGUUACUACGGUAACCCGGUGGUGGUGGGCGGGUCCUGUGCGCCCUGCGGCUGCAGUGGGUGGGGCUCGCUGCGCCCGCUGUGCGACCCACUGAGUGGACAGUGUGAGUGCAAGGCUGGGGUUAAAGGUCAGUCAUGUGACCGGUGCGAGGAAAGACACGCCCUGCAGGGAGGAGAAUGUGUGUCGUGCGACGAUGAGUGCGUCGGUGUUCUGUUGGACGACCUUGAAGAAACCCACUUCCUGUCCGUCAACAUGAGCGCCAUUGGCAUGGCGCCAUACCGCCGGCUGGUUCUGCUGGCAAACCGGACCAGAGCCGUCCAGGCGGCCCUCUCAGAAAACGCCUCCGUUGCUCUGCGGCUGUUCACAGUGGAAGACGAGCUCAAUCAUUUGACCUCCGACAUCAACGCGCUGCUGCAGCAGGUCCCGCGCCUGUCCAACAACCUGGAGAAAGUGGAUGUGUCUGUAAACAGCACCGUUUCCCAGGGUGCACUGCUGCUGGAUGACAUCAGCAGCCUUCAGCACCACAUCCAGGUGCUUCAGAGGAAGGCGGGGCUUUUGAACCAAACCGGUGCCAAGGAGCUUGAUUCGGCCAAUCAGAUGCAUCUGCUGGAGGAGGUGGAGUCCAUGAUGGAAAGCAUCCGCGCCAUCGACCUGAAGGGCACCAACGCCUCGGCCAAUCAGGAGCUCCGCCUCUCCGAGUCUCUCGUCCGAUCGCUGCAGGACGACUUCCUGUCCGGCAGGGCGGCAGUAGACGCCAGACUCCGCCUCCUCUCCGUGCCCCUCAAUGUUGCUAUGGAAACACUGCAACUUGCUCAAACGCGGCUGAGCGACACUGAACUACAAAACAGACAAACACGCACUCUCCUGGAAACCGCACACGCUUUGCUUCACCGCUACAAGUCCGUCCAUCACAACCUCAGUGUGGAGUUGGUGUCUGUGGGCGGAGUGAUGGAGGACAGUCAGCUGCUGCUGGAUGACAUCAUCUUUCUGACGGAGGAGGUCACCAACACCAGCAAGCAGGUGGAGUCAAUAGCGUAUGUUAUAAGCAUAGAUGAACCCCUGGGUGCAGCAGGUGAAGUCAUUAGCGUAUGUUAUAAGCAUAGAUGA